AUGCUUACAAUAAUUGCAGCAAUGCCCUUGAUGGCGCUCGUUCUUGGCCGCCUGACUGCCAACUUUACCGACAAAGACGAACAGGCCUCGGCGGAUUUCAUGAAACAUGUGCGAACAAAUGCUCUUUGGUUUCUUUACUUGUUUAUUGCCAAGUUUACGCUCGUGUACAUCUGGAGUUUUGGCUUUGGCUAUUCUGCCAAUCGAAUGGUGCAAGCUUUACGACUCAAGUGUCUGAACCGUAUCCUACAUCGCAGUGUCACGGCCCACGAUGCUCAAACGCCAGGAGCUCUGUCGAAUGCAAUCACAAUCCACUGCAAUUCCAUUCAAUCAGCACUGUCCGAUCGAAUCGGAAUCAUGAUACAAGCUUUUGCCAUGCUCUUGGCCUCUUUUGCCGUCGCUUUUUCGCAGUCGUGGCAUCUCACAUUGGUCAUGCUGGGCCUCGUGUUCCUCACACUCGGCUUGAUCGGGUUCAUUGUGGGCAGUGACCAGAAGAUAGAAGCUAGGCUUCUCAAUAGAUAUGCUGAUUGCAGUGCCAUUGCCGAAGAUGCUCUUGGAAGCAUCAAGACUGUAAUAGCUUUUGGAGCUGCUCCCAAGUUCUUGGCCAAGUACGAGGCGAUCUUGGACCAAGCCCAGGCAGAUGGUAAAAAGAGGGGUCCUUUUGUCGGCUUGAUGUUUGCCUGCCAAUACUUCUUCAUGUUCACAGGCUGGGCUAUUGGCUUCUAUCUUGGAGCGUAUUUGUACAAACAUGGAAAAAUCACGGAUCCUGGAAGAAUUCUUUCCGUCUUUUUCGCCAUGUUGAUUGGCUUGGGAGCCAUCAUGGCUUUGGGUCCCAACAUGCCCUCCUUCAUCAAGGCCGUCGCUGCCUCUGGCGAUGUUUUCAAGAUUCUAGAUGACGCAGACCAAACAGAUAGCACUGUCGAUUCCAUUGCUUCGAGGCUCGACACAUGUAACGGCCAUGUGGAAUUGCGCAAUGUCUCGUUCUCUUAUCCAUCGCGGCCAGGCCAGAAAGCCCUCGCGGAUGUUGACAUCGAAUUCACCAGAGGUACAUCAACAGCCGUGGUUGGACCGUCAGGUGCAGGAAAAAGCACGCUCAUCUCUCUUUUGGAGAGAUGGUACCAGCCUACAGCAGGAGUUCUCUCGUUGGAUGGGUACGACAUCACCGCAGUUGACGCCAAAUGGCUAAGGAGCCAGAUCGCCCUUGUCCAGCAACAGCCACAGCUAUUUGAUGCAUCGAUAUUCGAAAACAUUACAUACGGCCUCAUUGGAACCGAACAGGAACAUGUUUCCAUUGAAGAAAAGAUGAGGCUGGUGGAAGAAGCAUGCCAAAAAGCUCGAGCGCUCGAAUUCAUCCACAAGUUACCAAACUCAUUUGAUACUAUUGUUGGUGAUCAAGGUGGUCUCAUAUCUGGUGGAGAGAAGCAACGCAUUGCGAUUGCGCGUGCUUUGAUCGGACGGCGUCCCAUUCUCCUGAUGGACGAGGCAACAAGUGCCCUUGACAAUGAGAAUUCCAAAGUCAUCGAGACCCUUAUGACAGCCUCUGAGGACAGAACAACCAUAUUCAUCUCGCACAAGAUUUCAUCUGCCAUGAAAGCUGACAGAAUCAUUGUCAUCGACAAAGGCCAGGUUGUAGAGCAAGGUACUCACGAAGAGCUCAUGGCCAGUGGUGGACUGUACAAACGGUUGCAUGAUGCACAGCUGCAGGACGAGUCCGAACCUACCGAAUUCACGCCUGUUGGAAGUUCUUUAAUCGAGUUGAAUCCUUUGGUCAAAGGGCCGUCUGUUGAGCCAGACUCUUCUCCAAAUCAGAUUGCGGAAAUUCCGGACAUCACCAAACGCUCACUCUUCUCUAACCUAUGCACCAUCGCGAAAGAGCAGAAGCGCUAUUGGCCCGUCCUCCUCAUUGGCGUCUUCGCUGCUAUUAUCACGGCACAAAUCUUCCCGGUCCAGGCCAUUCUCCUCGGCAGAGUCCUGGAUACCUUUCAAAACAACACCAGGCAGUCGCAGCAAUUAUCCUCAGAUGCUAAUUUUUGGUCUCUCAUGUUCUUUGUUGUCGGCCUUGGUGCUCUCAUAUCCUACGCCGUUUUGGGAUUCUUCAUGACUUUGCUGGGUAUUCGUCUCACCAAGUUUUACCGCCUCGACUACUUCCGUGCCAUACUCAACCAGCGCAUUGAGUUCUUUGAUCGCGUAACAUCUGGUGCUCUAGUCUCGAGGCUCUCAACCGAUCCCUCGAACCUCCACGAGCUGAUUUCUGUCAAUUUCGGUCUUCUCAUCUCCAUCUUCGUGAGUAUCAUUAGCGGGAGCAUCAUCGCACUAGUCUUUUCAUGGAGACUUGCUCUCGUUGCCAUCUUUGGCGCCAUGCCCGUCGUCUUCGCUGCCGGUUCCAUUCGCAUGACACUCGAUUCAUCUCUCGCAGAAGCAACAGCCAAGAUUUUUGAGGAAAGCGCUCGAUUUGCAUCAGAUUCACUAUCGUCUAUCCGCACAGUCAAGGCAUUCACAAUGGAAACCAUUGUGCAAAAGUCGUAUGAGCAACACCUGGCUCAAACAAUGAGAAAGCUGUCUCGAAAGACAGCCGCCAUAACCCUAUUUUUUGCCUUCUCGGAGAGUGCUGAGUUACUUGCUGCCGCACUGGGUUUCUGGUACGGAGGAAAACUGUUGAAAGAGGGGAAAACGUCGACGGAAGAAUUCUUUACGGUUUUCAUCGCCGUCAUUGUUGGUGGACAAGCUGCAGGUGCUCUUUUUGGAUUCUCUUCCAACAUAAGCAAAGCCAGCAUAGCUUCCAACAAUAUCCUCGGCAUUCGACGACAAGCUCAUGCGCCUGAAGAGCAAGCACCUUUGCUUGAUGUCGAAGGCGAAAAGGAUGCAAACGUCGUUGUUGAUUUCCGAAACGUCUCAUUUGCUUACCCGGCCCGGCCUAAAGUUACUGUACUGAAGAAUGUUUCGUUGCAGAUUUCGCAGGGACAGACUGUGGCAGUCGUUGGUAGCUCUGGAUCUGGAAAAUCGACCCUGCUGGCUCUGUUGGAUCGAUUUUAUGACGCCAGAGCCGGGUCUAUAAAUGUGUUUGGGAAGCCUAUCUCAUCCGAGGAAGCAGACGUAUACCGAAGGCGUUUGGCGAUUGUGCCUCAAGAGCCCACCUUGUAUCGAGGAUCUAUCCGCGACAACAUUACCCUUGGAGUGGACGAAGACAAAGUUAAGGAAGAAGACAUUAUCAGCGCGUGCGACGCCGCUAAUUUGACCGAGCUGAUUGCUUCGCUUCCGGACGGUUUUAAUAGCGAUUGCGGGGCGAAGGGUAUUGCUCUGUCUGGAGGCCAGAAGCAACGCAUUGCGAUUGCGCGUGCGCUUAUCCGAAACCCGGAGAUAUUGCUGUUGGAUGAGCCUACCAGUGCACUGGACGCGGAAUCUGAAAAGCUUGUCCAAGAAACCCUCCAAAGUAUUCAAGGUGGCAGAACAAUGAUUCUAGUCACUCACCGACUGAAUACUGUCAAAACCGCAGACGUGAUCAUUGUUAUGGCUGCGGGCCAUAUCGUGGAGCAGGGCACGCAUAACGAGCUCAUGGCCCAACACGGCCACUACUUCAAGCUAUAUCAAUCUGCUCGUGGAGAGGAAGUUUAAGAAUGG